AUGACAAAACAGCAGCCCCUGGAGCCGUGGGUGGGCACCCUUAAAGGGGAGGCAAAGUGUAGGCCUGAAGAGGAUCAGGGGGAGGAGCUAAACAUCUACAACCAGGGAACUGUGAACUGCCAAGGAGACACACUCCCUGCAGAGUACAGAACCAUCAGUGACAGUCUGAGCAGUGAAGAGCCAUUUUGUAGGAUCUGCCAUGAGGGAGGGGGUUCAGGGGAGCUGCUAUCCCCCUGUGAGUGCUCCGGCACCCUGGCCAUGGUGCACCGUGCCUGUCUUGAGCACUGGCUCACUGCCUCAAACAGCAGCAACUGUGAACUCUGCCAUCAUCAGUUUCCUCUGGAACGCCUGCCAAAACCAUUCACAGAGUGGCUGUGUUCUUCAUCCAUGCAGCACCAAAGGCGAACAUUGUGCGGUGACGCCGUCUGCUUCCUGUUUAUCACACCCCUGGCCAGUUUGUCCGGCUGGCUGUGUGUGCAGGGUGCCAUGGACCUGUACUACACCAACGGCAUGGAGGCCAUGGGACUCCUGGUCCUUACCCUGGCCCUCUUCACCAUAUACGCUUUCUGGACUGUGGUAUCUCUGCGUUACCACAUCCACUUGUUCCUGACAUGGAAGCAGACUGAUCAGAGAGUGAGACUCCAGAUGCCCCUGCCGGCCUGCACCACACACAGUCAUCAGGCCUUCUCACUGAACUUCCUAAGCAAGGGCACCAACAAAGAGACUAUGGUGUAACCCCAGCCCCCACCGACCGUAC